AGAGGCCACCUACUAAAAUGUAAAGUGCAAGGUUUAUAAAAGGCUGCUGGGGAGUACAACUCAGUUGUCUGGGCAUUGACAAAGGCGUAAGGUGGCUGUUUCUCCCUGGACCCGGGAGAUGGAGACUCAGGGUCUGCCUGCUCAGGAAUCUGGAACCGCCAGCGGACCCCUCCUGAGCCCUCGCCCCGCCGACCCUGCCGUCGGCCCCAUGGAGCCAGAGAGCGCUCCCGGCGGGCGGCGGCGGCGCUGCCUCCUGAUCUGCCUGGGCGUCCUGGUGCUGGUGAUCUGCGCGGUGGCGGCCGGAAUCCUGUGGCCGCGCCGCCCGCCGGAGCUCUCCAAGUGGCGGGGACGCGGCAGCACGCCCCACUUUUCCGAGAUCGUCCUGGGGCGAUGCUUCACCUACACGCAGAUCGUCCGGCCCGAGCUGAAAGAUAAAGACUGCCAGGAGAUCUGGAACGCAUUCAAAAAUGCAUUUGUUUCUAAGAAUCAGUGCAACAUAACAGAAGAAGACUAUCAACCACUAAUGGAGCUGGCAGAUCAGACUUUACCUUGCAACAAGAGCCUCUUUUGGAGCAGAACGUACGACCUGGCCCAUCGGUACACGCAGGUGCAGUCGGAGAUGUUCACCCUGGAGGACACGCUCCUGGGCUACCUGGCUGACGGCCUCACGUGGUGUGGAGACGCGGGCACUUCCGAAAUGAACUAUCAAUCUUGCCCAGACUGGAGGGAAGACUGCAGCAACAAUCCUUAUUCUAUAUUCUGGAAAACAGUUUCCAAGAGGUUUGCAGAAGCUGCCUGCGGUAUGGUCUAUGUGAUGCUUAAUGGAUCCAGACAUAAAGCCUUUGACAAAAACAGCGUUUUUGGAAGUGUGGAAAUUUUCAAUUUACAACCGAAGAAGGUUCAUACUCUACAGGCAUGGGUGAUGCAUGAUAUUGGAAGAAAUUCCAGUGACUCAUGCUCAGGUUCUUCCAUAAAUGACCUGAGAUCGAUUCUAAGCCAAAGGGAUAUUACAUUUACCUGCCAGAAUGACUACAGGCCUGUCAGGUUUCUGCAGUGUGUGAGCCAUGCCGAGCAUUCAUCUUGCAGUUCUGAGAUCUGAGUUAAUUGACAUGGUGGUUUUGGACCUUGAUCCCUUGCAGUAUUCAGCGACAUGCAUGACUCAGGAGACAAGCCGUUGGAGAGAUGAUCUCGGAGUGUCCUUUGUCAAAGUGUCAAGCAUGAACACUGAGUGUUUUCCCCCAAAGUUUUAAAGUAACUUACAUUGUCAGCAUAGUUUUUAUUUUUAUCUCCUAAUAGUCAAGGAAAAAAACCCAUGAUUUUAUAAAGUUAGAAUGAAAAUUUUAUCUUAUUUCAUUUUAAUUUUCAUGUGAUGCUUUUAUGUUAUUUUUCUGUUAGUAACAUCCUUUCUAUUGACAGUGACCUCACCAAACUUCUCUUAUUAGAACAGGCAAGUAACAAAAGGCAAAUGCUCAUGCACUGUGUUUUCAAAUGAAUGACCUUAUCUCAGGAAAUAUGCUUGAAUCCUUCCUACAGAUAGUCUAGCUAUAAACUCCAUGGUUAUGAGUCAUGCUGGAAAAAGUGUUCUGUGGGAUAUAACCUACCUCUUAUAGGUUGAAAUGUGUCACCCCAAAAGAUAUGUUGAAGUCCUAAAUCCCACACCCCCCCAACCCUAUCCUGUGAAUGUGACCUUAAUUAGAAAUCGGGUCUUUGAAGGUAUGAUUGAUGAAGAUGAGCCCAAAGUGGAUUAGGGUGGGCCUUAAUCCAAUACGACUGAUGUCCUUAUAAGAAGAGGGAAAUUUGGACAAAUGAGAGAAGAAUGCCAUGUGAUGAUGGAGGUCGAGAUUAAAGUGCCGCAUCUACGAGCCGAGGAGCUCCAAGGAUUGCUGGCAAACAACAGAAGCUAGGAAGAGGCAAGGGAGGAUUCUACCCUACAGAUUUCAGAAGGAGCGUGGCCCUUCCCACACCUUGAUUUUGGACUUCUAGCCUCUAGAACUAUGAGUAGAGAAAUUUCCAUUGUUUUUUAAUCUACCUAGUUAGCCACUGCUGUUCUUAAGGCAGCUCUAGGAUAAAACACUACCUUGGUGCUCAGUCAUUUCUAAGCCUUCCAACAGCCCUGUGAUGUUGGUGUUAUUACCUCUCAUUUGUUAGAUGAGAAAAUGGAAGCUCAGAGAAGUUACAUAAUUUGCCAAAAGCCACACAGCUAGUUCACCGUGGAAGCUGGAUUUAAACACAGCUCUGUUCUACUCCAAAGUACAUGCACUCUCUCUUUCUAGGCCAAUGAUUCCAAACAUCAGUGCCUUAUAUUCUCUUCCAACAAAUACACAUUGAAUUAAAUUGAAUAACAUUUCUGGAAUCUGGAAAUGAAAUUUUGGAGGAUGGUUUUAGACUUUUUCCCCUCCUUCUCUUUCUCUUCCUCCUCAUGAGUAAUGUCUUAUAUAUACAGUGAACAGUUAAAAAUAUUUGUUCCUGAGCCUAACCUUUUGUGUUUUCUCCCAAUUUUUCUUGAUCAGUCUUGCUAAGGGUUUAUCAAUUUUAUUACUCUUUCAAUGAACCAACUUUGAGUUUUGUUGGAUUUCUCUAUUUCAUUGACCUUUGCUCUUUUCUUUAUUAAUAAUUUUUCUUCUGAUUUCUUCAGAUUUCUUUUUGCAGAUUCUUAGAUGGAAGCAUGGAUUAUUGAUUUUGCAGCCCAUUUUCUUUACCUAUAAUAUAUUUAGAACUAUAAAUUUUCCUCUGAACACUGCUUUAUCUGUAACUUAUGUCUUAAUAUAUAUAUCUUUUCCUUAUCACUUAUUUCAAAGUAUUUUCUAAUUUCCAUUGUUAUUUAGAAAUAUGUCCCAUAAUUUCUAAACAUUUUCUAGUGUUUUUUCUUUAAAUAUAUGUUGAAUGAAGAAUUAAUAAACCGAUUUGAUAUUCCUUCAGGAAACCAGCUUGUUUGUUUGGAAAUUGCAUAACCUUUUGGGUCAGGCAUUCCUGAGUUCCUAUUUUGUUGUCACUUCGUGAUCUUGAGCAAAAUACUUAAACUCUCUGAACCCCAGCUUCCUUGUUUCCCAAAUAUGGAUCAUAAACUUACACCCAUUAAAGUAUGGAGAAGACUUACAAAGAUGUCCAAAAUUUACAGCCUAGCACAGUUCCUGGUGUAUAAGCAAGCACUCAACCAAUGGUGGCUCCUUUGACCUCCCCCUCAUUGACAAUCCACUAAGACCAUUUCCCUUUGGGCGCUCUUGUGGCUACAGCCACUGUGGUCAGUCCAGAGAUUCUUCACUAGCCCCUUCUCCACUUAGCACAUUCUCAUGAGGAUUCAGUCUUGCAGGACAUGAGAGGGGGUGUUUGGGACCAGCUCUAAUUAAGAUUCAAUUAUCUCCACCUGCAGAAUGUCUUCAGAAACAGGUCCCAUGUAAUCAAUUGGGCCACCCUGGCUGUUUUCCUUUCAAGACUCCCUGCCUUAUUGUUGGACUCGGUAGCUGAUUUAUGGGCUCUAAUUUUCCUUCCUGGCUCUAUACAAUACUCCUUGAAGAAACUGGCUGCCUGUGGCAGAAAAAAAUGUUCUCUUGUCCCUUUCCAAAGAUGAAAUGGAUAGAGUAGACAUUGGUUUGCUAGAGGCCUCACCCAAGCAGACGCAUUUGAGUGCUCAAGUUCAGCCCUGGUGGAGACCUUAGAGGAGUUGGUUCCAAGGUUUUUAUAUUGUGCUGCAGAGGGUCCUGGGGGUCUCAUAGAGGUGGCUCGGGAACUGGGGUGCUCUUUUCUUCUUGUACCACCGUCUGCAUCUUCAUUACCUUGAUGUCCAUUCUUGCCUCCUUUUUCUCUGUAGUUCCAACUUUGGCUAACUUUGCCUUUGACCAACUGUGCAACCAUCCCUUGCCCUAAGGACUUUCUGGCCUAUGUAUAAAAAUAGAUCUGCCAUAAUCCUCUUUUUAUAAGUGACCUCUCUACAGAAUUACUCAUUGCUCAUAAAUGUUAUUAAACUCAUAAACCUGCUAUUCCCUGCCUCCCGCUCCAUCGUUAUUUGUUCUAGAAACUUCUCAGCAUCCCACCUUGCACCCGUCAUCAUCAUACUUAACCAAAUCUGUGGGGAAGGCAUAGGCCCUAAAACCUCCUUUCUAACUUUCUCAGCUCACUAUUUUACUAUUGCAGUGGUUCUCGACUUUGUAAUGUUUGAGGCAUACUUUCAAAUGAAGUUCUGGAAUUUCAGGCUGAAUUUACAAAAAUGGUGUCUCGAUCUGUGAUACAGUGUUCAGUGGGCCUUUCUUUAGCCCUGCGUCACUGUUUGAAUAGAUCUGUUUAGUGCUGUGUCUGUAUCCAGCAGAAGUUAUUAAAUGUUUUGGCAAAGCACA